GUCAGCGAUCGCGUAGUGCAUAAGAACAACAAAAAUUUUGAAGAAAAUCGAGAAAACGAAAAAAAGUGAAUUUUUGAAAUACUUAUUAAAUUAAAAAAAUAAUAAUUUUAAUAAUAUUGAAAUAUUUAAUAGACCUAAAAAUAUCGCAAUAGAUUUAUGAAAUAAAAAACAAUUUAAUAUAAAAAAUUUAUAAAAUCAACUUAAGAACUUUGCCCUCAAAAUGAUUUGUCCCAAACGCACUACCGAACUAAUAGAACUCCAUCUAGAGCCCUUAAAGGACAAAGAUCCGGCAUGGGAAAUAACCGUCUCAAAAAUUGCCGGUCGCGGUGUAUUCGCUAGUCGCAAAUUGAAACGUGGUGAUGUUAUUUUUCGCGAUAUUCCCUUGUUGAUCGGGCCGUCGGCGCGUCAAGAGGAAAAUUUAAAUUCCUGUUCGGUGUGUUACAAAAUGUUGCCCGACACCAAGUUCAUGUGUCGUAAUGGUUGCGGUCUACCCGUCUGCUCGUUGUGCGGUAAAAAGAAACAACAUAAACAGGACUGCACGCUGUUCAAGUCCUGGGAGCCCUGUGAACCAGAUGUGGCCAAUUCGCUACUUAUACGUCUGCUGUGCGUAGCCAGAGCUAUUAAUUGCACUAAGGAACAAAGAGAUUUAAUCUAUUGUCUCCAGGCUAAUUUAGAUAACAAUCAUCGCACUGAGGUGCGUAAUGGAGCCAAGGGCUUUAAGAAAUUCCCCAACGACAAGAAGAUAAUUGAGAUUAUGAAUCGUACUGUGGCCGUUUUGCGAACGAAUGGCUUUGAUGAGACCGCUGAUCGUACCAAUGAUAAUCAGGAGUUUUACUAUCGUGCUUUGUUUCCUUUGUUUGCUUUGAUGAAUCAUGAUUGUGUGCCAAAUUCGUAUUAUACUUUUGAUGAGAAAACCCAACAUAUGAUUGUAAAGGCGUCGGUGGAUAUAGCAGCGGGCGAAGAGAUUACCACCACUUAUACGAAAUUGUUUACCACCAAUAUUGCACGUCAUUUGUUUUUGAAAAUGAAGAAGACUUUCACUUGCAAGUGUCCCAGAUGCUCGGAUCCAACUGAAAGAGGCUCUUUUAUUUCUGCCGUCUAUUGUCGCGACACCAAUUGCACCGGCCUGGCCGUGCCCGAAGUCACUGGUAUGCCACAUCCCAACUGGAAUUGCUUGGAAUGCAAACAAAAGUCCACACAUGCCCAAAUGGUGAAAGCUCAAGAUUUUGCUUCCGGUGCCAUUAAUGCCAAAGUCAAUUCACAUUCAUUGAAAACGCUCAUCGAAUAUUUGAACGAGAAAUGCACCAGUUUUAUACCCGAAAGUAAUUACGUAGUCAUUGAGGCCAAACUGCAGGUCAUAGCACGUCUCAGCAAGAGUGUAGAGGAUUGCGGUGAGGAGUCAGUGGGCACCAAGGCCAAAUAUUGCCAGGAUAUAUUGGAUAUAAUGGAUAAAUUGGGUUUGGGUGAUUGUGUAAUGCGCACAUAUCUGGAAAUAGAGAAAGCCAAAUGAAUUUAAUAAUUAAUAAUUAUAUGAAAAUAAUAUAAAACAAGUAUUUAUUAAUUAAAGAAAAAUAAAAUGUUCUAAAUUUUGUUAAAAAAUGUUAUUGUAUAAAACAAUUACCAACAAUUGUUUUAUUUUGUAUUAAAUUUUAUUUAUUAUAUUUUAAAAAAGAAAACCUUAAAUUAAUAAAUUAUUUAUGUAUUUAUUAUACAAA